UUUCCCUGCCAUGAACAUCACCACCACCGCAUCUCGCUCUCUUUCUGACUCCCGACCGCGCAAUCGCGCCGCCUUUCUGCGAACCGACCGCUCUUUGUACAGCUGCUCGCUUUUUUGCUGCCGCACAGCAAUCGAUUAAUCAGCUCCCCAAUUGCCGCCAACUAGCGACGCAAGUGCCCGCUCAGCAGCGACCAUUUCCCUUCCCCCUCUUGUCUCCUACCGGAUACAAGAGGACCUCCCAGCGACUGCGUUCGCCUCGAUCGGAAUACUGACCUGGAAACUCCUACUUUGGCUAACUGAGGCUUCUCGACUGAUGGUACACGUGGUGUCGAGGUGAUUUGGAUGUAAGGAGGGAUUCACACAAAGGGCUGCCUAUUUACCAACCGGUGUCAGCCUCUUUGGCCUUGUACUCUUUCUCUACACUCCGCAACCCUUAUUUCCUUGUUCUUCCAAGUAAAUCAGAAUUGAUUUUCCAUUACUCUUGAGAGGUGCUGAGCGCAAGAGAGAUCACGCACGCAAAAAGCAAGAAAAAAAUAACUAGCAUCAAGUCACUCUCAACUCACCCUAAGGUAGCGUUGCGUCUGCUUCGUCGCUCGCAAAUCCCAUCAUCGCCAUCGCCAUCGCCACUAUCAGAAACUUGACCACUCGUCGCAUUACUUUCAUCGACAUAUUUCCCGGUCUACACUUGUGACCAGUCUACGAAAUACAAUACACUAUGGCGUCCUCCGUCUUCUUCAAGUUCAAGUCGCAGAAGGAACCGACACGGGUUGAGUUCGACGGCACCGGUAUUUCCGUCUUCGAAUUGAAGCGCGAUAUCAUCUUGAAGAGUGGUCUGGGCGACGGCACUGAUUUCGACCUCGCCAUUUACUCCGAAGAUGGCAGUGAAGAAUACGAUGAUGAUACCACUAUUAUCCCCCGAUCGACGACGGUCGUCGCUCGUCGUCUCCCAGCCGCCAAACCCGGCGCAGGCCGCGGUGCUCGAUACGUCUCUGGGAAGAUGCCCGUCGCUGCAAAGAACUCGUCUCGCAAGGAGCAAACCACAAAAACAGCUACAGCCAAGGCGACAUCCAACGCCAUCAGCCAGAUGAAUAGUGCCAUGACGGAAGAGGAGAAGAUGGCUGCCAUGUUCCAGGCGCAGACCGAAUCGUGGUCGGCUCAGCAGGAGGAGAUGUCACAUCACACCCCGGUGUUCAAGCCAGGCUCCAAGAAACCAGCCAACGUGCCUGAUCAUGACCCGCCCAACGGUUACAUUUGUUACCGCUGUGGGGAGAAGGGACAUUGGAUCCAGCUGUGCCCAACAAAUGAUGAUCCGGAAUUUGACAACCGUCCGCGCGUGAAGCGCACGACUGGCAUUCCGAGAUCAUUCUUGCGGACGGUCGACAAGUCGGUCGCCCUUGCCCAGAGCGGCGAUGAUGAGACCAAGAGACCUUCAGGCAUCAUGGUCAAUGCUGAGGGAGAGUUUGUGAUCGCCGAGCCUGACAAGGCAUCGUGGGAACAGUUCCAGGCCAAGGCCAAGUCCUCAGCCUCCGCUGCCAAGGCAAUCGCUAUGGGAGACAAGGAGCUGCAGGAGAAGGGGCUCGAGUGCCCUAUCGACAAGAAGAUGUUCAUAGAACCAAUGAAGACCCCGUGCUGCCAGAAGACGUAUUGCAAUGAUUGCAUAACCAAUGCUCUCAUCGAAUCGGACUUCAUCUGCCCCAACUGCUCUACGGAAGGUGUCCUGAUCGACGAUCUGAAGGUUGAUGAGGAGGCUGCCGACAAGAUCAAGGCGUUCCUCAAAGAGAAGACGGAAGCAAAGAGCCCGGCCGCAGCCUCGCCGGCAGCAGCGACCUCGUCUCCGAAGGGCAAGACGGAGGAGGGCAAGACAGAAUCGGCGACCGGAACCGCAAAGUCGCCGACGCCUCAAAAAUCGCCCUCAGUCGCUGCCGCCGCUCCCACAUCUACUACAACAAACGAUGGUACACCGAAGUCGGCAUCGGCCACACCGGCGAACGCACCGACCGGCCCUGCCGAACGUGCUUCGUCCGUCGACUCCAACUCAAAGAAGCGCCCGGCCGAUGAGCUGAUGGAGAACCCGAAGAUCCCUAAGGCCCCGAAGGCCAUGCAGAAGCAACAAGAACAGCAGGCGAUGAUGAAUGGCAUGAACGGUAUGAAUGGUAUGCCCUUGAACCCGAUGAUGGGCUUCGGCGGCAUGCCCAUGAUGAACGGAUUCAUGGGGAUGUCCGGCAUGCCUAACAUGCCCAACAUGCCGAAUAUGGGUAACAUGAACAUGGGAAUGCCGAUGAUGGGUAUGAUGAACCCCAUGAUGGGCAUGCCGGGCUUCAACCCCAUGAACGGCGGCGGUUUCCCUGACAUGGGCAACAACAUGUACGGCAACAACAACUUCAACCCCAACAUGAACGGUGGCAUGAAUGGUGGUAUGAAUGGUGGCAUGAAUGGUGGCAUGAAUGGUGGUAUGCACGGGGGUAUGAACGGGGGAAUGAAUGGUAUGAACGGCGGCAUGAACGGCGGCGGCAUGGGUGGCUACAAUCAACAACGUCACAACUUCACGCAGCCGAGCAAUGAUGAAGACGCGUACUUCCGGAGACCCGUCAACCCUCAUCGCCAUCAGAACCGUCAGAAACGCGUUCGGCCCAGCGAUUACCGGGAACUGUGAGCUUCCAUCACUUGUAUGGUGGUUCCUCAACACCAGACUUCCUCGAACGUUCCAUGGCUUCUCACGACUUCUUUGCGUGUAACACUAUACGGUACACCUUGCAUUACGGUUUCAUCAUUAUCAUUCAGGAAAAAACACGGCAUAAGACAAAUAUUCACAGCCCAAGAGAGGCAUUUGGACAAGACUCUUCAACAGUCUUGAGGCGUUCAGGAUGGGGUACGGACGACGGGGCGGAAUGUUGUUGCUUGGAAUGGAGCGGAAUGCGCUUUACUGUGGACUUGUCACCAGGGACAAUUAAAGAGAAAGGGGUGGGCAUUCGGGAUAAUGAGACACCAGAUGUGUGCAAUUCCCACACAUUCUUAACUUGGACGUUGACAGCUUUUCUGUAUCUUAUCACGCACCAAGAUGGUUAAAUAAAGUCCCCCUACACGCAUCACCGGGUAUCAAUCGUUUUUUUGUGAAUGUAUUCUAUGUCUCUUCCCUCUCGUGACUCUUGACGCCGCUGCUACCCAUCCCGUCAUAAGCAAAGUUUCAUAGUCAAAUCCGCUUUCUCUUCUUGUUUU